AUGUCAGCGACACUACUCGAUUGUGAUAUUUAUGCGUCAAGACUUUCUGAUGUGAAAUUGGGUAUCUUACAGUUCACAGUUUGGCAAUUUGAGGCCCGGUUAAAACUGAAUAUAGCUAUGGACUUGCGAGACUCGGUAGAAGUCUUUCAGAAUGCUGAAUAUCCGAGAUUUUUACAAGUAAUGAUGCCAGUAUUCCGGAAAAUAUUAAAUGAAACACAGCCAGUAUUUGUUACUAAUGAUAAUAAUCACUGGAUCCAAAAAUUACGUAAUGUGGUUCUAGAGAUAUUGCACCGCUUGCCUUUAAAUGACGCAUUAAAACCAUACGCACUUGACUUGCUGAAAUUGGUUAUGCAACUAUUAAGGACUGAAAACGAGGAAAACGCAGUGAUAUGUCUUAAAAUAAUAAUAGAUUUGCAUAAGUAUUACAAGUUAAUUCUCGAAGAUCAAGUUCAACCUUUUUUGGAUAUUGUUCAAGAAAUGUAUCAAAAUAUGAAGCAAACUGUGCACGAAGUUUUCGACACACCACAACCUUAUAAUGUUCCUCAACAUGUACCACAAUCACCACGUCCAACUUCUCCCGCUUAUGAUAAUGCAUCAGAAAGUACGCCAGUUAAAACACUAGCUAAAAGCCUAUACAGCUUUAAAGUUCUCACAGAAUGUCCUAUAAUUGUUGUGUUGCUGUUUCAAUCCCAUCGACAAUUCGUAAACAGAAAUAUCAUAAAAAUCGUUCCGUUAAUUAUUGAGACCUUGGACUUACAAGCCGCACCGCAAGCUGAAGCUCACGCGGCUGCAAGGGCUGCAAAUGAUAUAUUUGUUGGGGUGGCACCAGGGAUUCGAGAUCGUGCAAAAUACACAGAAUUUAUAGUUGCUCAAGUAAAGACAAUGUCAUUUUUGGCAUAUGUACUGCGAGCGUAUACGGAUGCAUUAAAAAAAUAUCAAGAAAUGAUUCCUGAUUUCGUGAUUCGACUACUACAAGAUUGUCCACCAGAAGCGUCUGCUACUCGAAAGGAAUUGCUGGUUGCAACGCGUCAUAUUUUAUCCACUGAAUUUCGAAAUGCUUUUGUUAGUAAAAUUGAUAUUCUCCUUAAGGAAAAGGUUUUGGUGGGCACCGGUAUAACAUCUUACGAGACUCUUAGGCCUUUGGCAUAUAGUAUGUUAGCUGAUCUCGUACAUCAUGUGAGAAAUGAGCUCACAGUAGAACAACUACAUCAAACUAUCUAUAUAUAUUCUCUUAACCUGCAUGACCCAACACUUAAUCCUACCAUUCAGACUAUGUGUUCAAAAUUACUUUUGCACAUGAUUGAAUGCAGUAACAAUAUUAAUGAUACAACGCAAAAGCGAGAUUUACUAGUAAAAAUUUUUGACACAUUUUGUCGGAAAUUUCAUGCGCUUAAUUACAUAUUUCCGGAUCUAAUACGCCAACUUCAGAAGAGAAAGAAUCCGAAUCUCCCUCCCGGUAAAAAAUGGGAAGAAUUCGAUUUCGAACAAUCUCGUCCUAUUGCGACUUCUUUGCCUAAUCAGGAUCAUCAGUCUCAUGAUCCCCUCAACGAGCGACGACUUUUGUUGAAAAAUCUUGUUUUUGGAUUAAAAAACAUUAUGUCGACUGGGUUAAAAAGCUGCAAUCCGGAACCACCCCUAAAUGAAAACCAACCAACUUGGAAUUCAGUGGUUCGUGGAUUUUCGCAUGAUGAAGUCGUGAUCCUUUUGACUCUAUUUCGUGAGGGUAUACGUGCUUUUGAUCUCUAUACAAUUGACAUUGAUGGUAAUAGUAUCAUCAAAGCUCCCGAAAAAAAUUCAAUUCCAGAUGCAUUUAAUAGAAUGGGUCCUCAAUCAAAAGCCGAAAAAGAAGUUUUGGAAGGAUUUGCUCAUAUUUUCGUUAAUAUUGAUCCUGCGAUUUUCCAAGAAAUCUUUGGAUCUCAAAUGAAUUACUUUUUUGAGCAUACGUUAAAAAACACUUCACUUCUUCAAAUACCACAACUACUUCUGGGGACUGAGUCUACUUCAGAAAAUUUUGCCGGAAUUCUUUUCCGUUUCUUGGUGGAUCGACUGGAUAGAUUGGGUGGACCUGAUCCUGUUUACGCGUCCGUCCUGCUUCGAUUAUUCAAACUGGCAUUUAUGGCUGUUACUUAUUUUCCUACUGUCAAUGAAAUGGUUCUUCAUCCUCAUCUUGCAAAGAUAAUUAUGUCAUCGAUGAAGUUGUCAACAAAAGCUAAAGAACCGAAGAAUUAUUUUCUCUUAUUACGAGCACUUUUUAGGAGUAUUGCAGGAGGACGAUUCGAGAAUUUAUAUAAAGAAGUCUUACCUUUGUUGCAAGUUUUAUUAGAAGGACUCAAUUCUCUCUUGACUUUGACUCACAAACCACAAAUGAGGGACUUAUUUGUCGAACUUUGUCUCACUGUGCCUGUGAGAUUGAGCGUUCUUUUACCAUACCUCAGUUAUUUAAUGAAGCCGCUAGUUCUCGCUUUACAAGCAGGUCCGGAACUUGUUACUCAAGGCCUUCGAACUCUGGAACUGUGCAUCGAUAAUCUUACGCCUGAAUUUUUGGACCCACUCAUGGCGCCUGUUAUUAAUGAUUUAAUGCUUGCAUUGUGGAAACAUCUUAAACCAUCACCAUACAAUACGAGUCACAGCAUAUCAGCCACAAGAAUAUUGGGUAAAUUAGGAGGUCGUAAUCGCCGUCUGUUAAAAGAUCCACCAAAACUUUCGUUUACAACACCACCUGGAAAUGGAUUUGAUUUACAAAUAUUUUUUGAUUCGAACUCUGCACCACAAAAGUUGCCGUUGGAUGAAUGCCUUACACUCUCAGCAAAAGCUUUAGAAGACCCAAAUGUUACCUUAUAUUAUAAAAAGCAAGCUUUCAAAUUCUUAGUGUCAAGCAUUCCUCUGUUGUUUGAUUUGGAUCCAGGAUCUUCUGAUUUGGCAAAAUUAAUUGCAACUCGAGUUCAAAAACGAUUACUUCAUAAUGAUGAUAAUGAAUCGACAACAAUAGUAAAAAUGGAAAUUGACGAACAAGAUGAGUCAAUUCCUGCACGGACGACAAUAACAGAUCUUCCGCCAAAUAAGAAAAGACAAGAAGGGCAUAAACUUUCAUUAAGACGUAAAGCAGUGCAAGAAGAAAGAAUCCAAUUAUUCCUCUGUGCGCUCUUCACCGCAGCAUCUCUCCCUGAUUUAAAAGAUGAAGCUUGGCCUUGGUUAGAGAAUGUCUGCCGUCAUAUUGCGUUACUUGAAGUUGGAGAUGCUGUGAAUCGUAAUUUACGCGAGAAAAAGUUCACUUUUGACGAAAACAGUAGUACUUUUUAUUUGGAGACAAAAGUUAUGGUGGAGUCAUUGGUAACAAUAAUGGCAAGUGAUGAUCCAGAAAUACGUAAAGUUGCAGAAUUCUCAUUGAAAUUAAUUUACGAUAUUUGUUUAAUGAUUAUUGGAUCAAAAGACGCGUUGAGUGUGUUUCCUCUAUUUCAUGUUCUCGCAUCUCGGUUUUGUUCUUGUUGCUAUAAGCAAGAAUGGUAUCGUAAAAGCGGUGGUUGCUUUGGAAUAUCGCUAUUUUGCUCACAACUUGAUAUGGGUACAAAAUGGAUGUUAGAUCAUGAAUUAGAAUUUGUCAGAUCAUUAUUUUUUAUAAUGAAAGACACCUCAUCAGAAUUUUCCACAGGAAAUAUCGUAGAUGCAACUCAGACAGUGCUGCGCGUAAUAGAAGUGUGUAGCCGACCUAAUGAAAAAGGUGAAAUACGAGAAAAGGAUAACAAAUUCAAUAAGCUUGUUCUUUUGCUGGUUGCUGAAUUAUCAAAUUCAAAUAAUGCUGUCAGGGAAUGUGCACAAUCAGCAUUUAAAUUAUUGGCGGAAUUAACUGCAUGUGAAAUAACAGACAUUUUAACGCCAGUACGUGAUUCUCUAUUGAGUCCAAUUUUUGGGAAACCACUUAAAGCGCUUCCUCCCCCAAUGCAAAUUGGAUAUAUUGAUGCAAUAACAUAUGCACUGACGUUGCGGCCUUCCUUAUUAGAAUCUAGUGAUGAACUAAGUCGACUUUUAAAUGAAUCCUUACAAUUGGCAGAUUCUGAGGAACAAAUAGCUGCUGCUCGACCAACAAGCUACAAGAAUGCAGCAUCUGUUACAAAUCUUCGUGUUGUGUGCAUAAAACUUUUAACCGCAGCUAUGGCAUGUCCGGACUUUCUUACUCCGCGACAAGGACCAAUAAGAGCCCGUAUAAUUGGGGUGUUUUUCAAAUCUUUAUAUUCACGAAUACCGGAAAUUGUGGAGGUUUCCAAUAAAGGAUUAGCAUCAGUACUUCAUCAACAAAAACUGCAAAAAGAUCUUCUUCAAGCUGGCCUUCGUCCUAUCUUAGUCAAUCUUUCUGAUCAUAAGAAAUUGACUGUCGCUGGUCUAGAAGGGUUAGCUAGACUUCUGGAGCUUCUCACAAACUAUUUUAAAGUAGAAAUCGGCAAAAAAUUACUUGACCAUCUAAUACCAUGGGCUGAUCCGAAAACAUUGCAAGAUGCCUCUAAUAAACCAUUAAUGGAAAUAGAAGCGAUCAAGAUUAUUGUAUCUAUAUUAGCCGUAUUUCAUUUAUUACCACCUGCAGCAAAUGUAUUUAUGGAUAAUUUAAUCACGACCGUACUCGACUUAGAAGAUAAAUUACGCCGCUCCACAGAAAGCCCAUUUCGAUUACCACUUAUAAAAUUUCUUAAUCGAUAUGCUGGCGAAGCGAUCGAGUAUUUCUAUAAACAUAUUGAAGAUCAAAAAUAUACAAAUUUCUUUGUGGACUUGCUUGGAAUUGAAGAAUCAACCAAACUUCGAGAAGAAAUCAUGAAUGAUCCACAGAAGCUAUUAGCAAAAACCGCACAUCUUGGCGACUCCCAAGCACACUUUAAACGAAUUCUAAUUAUAAGAAAAAUUGCAUAUUACAAUCCAGAAUGGUUGGUGAAUGAAGAUAUUAUCAAAGAGAUUCGAGAAGCAUGGCUCGAGUCGUGGAAAACUAAUCAGCAUCGUAGAGAUGACGCAAUGAGUAUAAACGUGACCGAAUUACAAAACUAUCAGAAUAUUAUUGAAACAGGGUUGGCUUAUAUGAGGGCAAAUCCUGACGAUGUCGAUUUGAUGUUUGAAUUUGUUGCAAUAUUUACACGUAAAAAUGUGAUUGAUUAUCACCCACUACGACAAUUCUAUUAUGAAGAAGUUGCUAUGGGAUACCCGAUUGAACGAAAAAGAGCAGUCAUUGAAAAAUUUGUGAAAUUGUUUGAUGAUCCUCAUAAAAAUAACGCGCGUAUUAAAACAGCGGCGGCAAGGAUGAUUAUAAACCCAUUGCUUAUGUAUGCUUUUGCUCAGGGGCCUCCAGAGUACAAUAAAAUCAUCGAUAUUCAUAUGAUUGAUAAAAUGCAUAAAAGUAUUUGGCAGACACAAGGAUUAGGACCGGAAGACAUUGAUGAUCCUUUGCGUAUUGAAUUGUUUCAGAUGACUACGCUUUUGGUUCAAUAUGUUCCACAUCUUAUUGAACAUGUUAAACGAGAUCUGAUUCUUUUUGGAUGGAAGUCGCUAAAUCUUGAAGAUGUUACUACAAAGCAGGCAGCAUAUGUUCUUUGCGCCAGAUUUAUAGCAGCUUUUGAAUUUCCAGUCAAACUUAUACAUAAUGCUUACAUGUCCCUACUCAGAGCACAUCAGCUUGAAGCUCGCACAUUAGUCAAGCAAGCAUUGGAUAUUUUCACGCCAGUUCUUCCACGUAGGAUGGAAGAGGCGGAAAAACAAGCUCAUGCAAAUCAACAACAAUCCAUUCAGGCAUCUCAAUCUUCUCAGCGCUCACAGCAUAUUCAUUUACCACCUGGCAGAGCAAAAUCAUCUGUGGAACAGACUCAAAAAAUACAAUCUCCACCUUCUUGGACGACUUGGACUAAAAAAGUGCUUUCUGAAGACACAUAUAGCGUAUCUCAAUUGGUGAAUGUUUACCAGUUGCUAGUUCGACAUCCAGAUUUAUUCUAUGAGAACAGACAACAAUUCUUACCACAAAUAAUAAACACUUUAACGAGACUUGGACUCAUCCAAAAUGCUACUAGUGAAACACGCUCGUUGACAAUUGAUUUAUCCGAGUUAAUAUUAAGAUGGGAAAAACGUCGUAUAUCUGACUUACGUAAACGACAAGAGGCUAGUGCAACUUCUACGCCUGCUGCAUCCGCUAGUAGUCCAGGAAAAAGACGAAUGGAUUUAGAAGCUGAAUCUCCCCCGAAGAAAAGACAACAGAUUGAACACAGUGGUGAAUUACGUUUAACUCCUGUGGAGGUUUCUUCAAGUGAAAACUACACGCCAAAUCUUACUCUUCGGGAAAAUGUGAUAAGUUAUCUCGUCCGUUUUGUUUGCACAACUAAUGAGGCUAUUAAUAAAUCACCAGGUGGAUUACCAUAUCGAGCACUGCAACUAGUUAAAGAAUUUUUACAACCCGAAUUUUGGCCUGAAGUGAAUGUUAAGCUUCAAUUUUUUGAAAGGACUUUGAUGCAUGAAAUUAACAUCAAUACGCAGGAUAGUAUUUGCAAUGGUUUGGAUGUCUUGAACGUGAUUUUAGAUCGGAAACCUGCAGAAUGGUGUCUUGCCAAUAUCAGUCAUUUACAAAAAUUAUUAGAAAAAAGCAUUCGUAGCAAUUUUAAUCGCAUUCAACAAAGUCUCAAUCCAGUUUUGGUUCACAUAUUUAAUUCUUUUCCGAGUUCUGAACUUACAUCCAAUGAGGAUACUGAUAUCGCAAACUUUACUUCAAUCGUACAUGCAACAAUUGAGGAAGGAUUGAAUAGUAUGGACAAUUUAUAUUUAUAUGCUGCAUUAAUGCUAUUAAAUGCAUUAAAAAGUAAGAAUCCGGAAAAUAUCGAUAUUUUUCUUCCUGGAGUCCUUAAUGUCUUAAGUAAACUUGUAAAGGAGCAUCUUAAUAUAUUACCUCAGUCUGCCUCUACAAAUAACAAUAAUAACAACACACACAACAGCAAUCCAGAUCUUGUUAAAAAUCUUAUUAUGGCACUUCAGAUAAUGAAUUCGCGAAUAACACAUCUUAAUGAACAUCGUUAUAAUUUCAUACAAAUCCUAUGUCAAUUAUUAGAUAAAACAAAGGACAUUGAACUUGCGCGUUCUAUAUUCGAGAUGGUCAAACUUUGGGUGAUGAAUAAUAAAAGAGAUCUGAUUCCUACAAUGAAAGAAAAAGCGAAAAUAUUGAACAAGAUGCUAAGUUUCGAAUCGAUCGGUGAUAAGAGUCUUUUAGAGGAUUAUUUGAAUCUUGUUAUUAAUAUAUAUAGCGACCCAGGAUUUAUGCGAACUGAUCUAACUGUUAAAUUGGAGCAAGCUUUCCUGCUAGGAACACGAUAUGAGAAUCCUCAAAUUCGAAACCGAUUCAUGAAACUUUUGGAUCAAAGUAUUGCGAAUCGUUUGAAUAAUCGACUCCGAUAUAUAAUUGAAAUACAGGAUUGGAAAUCAGUUGUUUCUUAUUUUUGGUUGCAUCAAGCGGUGGAUAUUUUACUUGGCGCGAUUUCCCGAAACAAGCCGAUUCUUCCUCCCGCUUAUGGUUUGCGUACAAAAUCCUUAUCGAACUUGUUUAGCAAUUAUAUAGAAGAUUCAUCUUCGGACUCGUUCAUUGUAACCACUGAACUCGAAGAUUGCUUACAAAAACAUCGUCAAUUCCUGAUAGAAAAUUCGAAAUUAACAGUGGCUGAUUUAUUAAUUCCGUUGAAACAAAUUCAUCAUUUGAGUGAUCAAGUUACUUAUCAAUUUUGGGUUGAUUUGUUUCCCGUGUGUUGGUCAUCUAUAUCCCAAAAGGAUAGACAGAGACUACAUAAAAACUUCAUAGCUUUUCUUUCUAAAGAAUAUCAUAAUUCGCAAGCUGAAUAUAGACCUAAUUGCAUCCAGGCAAUCUUGGAAGGGAUUGCACGUUGCUCUCAUCAAAUAAAAUUGCCACCAUAUUUGAUCAUGUACCUGGGAAAGACUCAUGGGGCGUGGCAUAUAGCGCUUGAAAUACUACAGCAAUAUACACUUAAUACGCAAAAAGACGACGAUGAAUUCAAAGAAAAAACAUUGGAUGCACUGGCUGAUCUUUAUUCAAGUUUAUCGGAAGACGAUAUGGCCGCAGGUUUAUGGCGUCGACGUUCCCAAAGACUUGAAACAAAUACUGCUCUUUCCCUUGAGCAAUGUGGCAUGUGGGUAGAUGCUCAACUUUUAUAUGAAAACGCACAACUUAAAGGUCGUUCGGCUGCUAUUUCAUUUACAGAACCGGAAUAUUUAUUGUGGGAAGAUCACUGGCUCGAUUGCUCAAAAAAGUUGCAACAAUGGGAAGUUCUUACUGAUUUCGCUAAGAAUGAAGAAAACACGGAACUCUUGCUUGAAUGUGCUUGGCGUCUCUCUGAUUGGACCGAAGAACGUGAUCUUCUCGAUCAAGCCAUCAAUUCAUUAUCCGAUAAACUAACCCCAAGAAAUAAAGUAUUCGAAGCUUUUAUGUCGCUAGUCAAAUCACAACAAACUAAUGAUUUUACUGAAUUUAAGAGAAUUGCUGAUGAAUCACUUCAACUGUCUUUGCGAAAGUGGCAUUCACUCCCGGAAGUUGUGAGUCAAUGUCAUAUUCCAAUCUUACAAAUUUUUCAACAAUUUGUUGAAUUGGAAGAAGCGACCAAGAUGUGCACAGGAUUAAAUAAUCUGGAAGGUACUCCGAGCGCAGAUUCCAAAUCGCAAGAACUAAAAAGCGUCUUGCAAAGCUGGCGUGAGCGUCUUCCUAAUUCAUGGGAUGAUAUCAAUAUAUGGAGUGACCUUGUUGCAUGGCGAAGACAUAUUUUCCGAAUGAUCAAUAACGCUUUUCAGCCUUUCCAAAGGCUUCCUCCUGGAAACGCAAUUUCCAAUAUAAAUUUUGCUUUUCGUGGGCAUCAUGAAACAGCAUGGAUUAUAAAUCGAUUUGCUCAUGUCGCGCGAAAACAUCAUCUUUCUGAAGUAUGCGUGACAUUUUUACAACAUAUAUAUUCGUUGCCAAAUAUCGAAAUUCAAGAGGCAUUCUUAAAACUGAGAGAGCAAGCGAAAUGCCAUUAUCAGAAUCCUGGCGAAUUGACAAACGCUUUAGAUGUGAUCAACAAUACCAACCUUAAUUACUUUGGGCCGCAACAAAAAGCAGAAUUUCAUACUCUAAAAGGAAUGGUUAUGGCUAAGAUGGGUCGAGAUCACGAUUCAGAUGCGAGUUUCGCCACGGCUGUGCAAGUAGAAAUGAGACUUCCCAAAGCUUGGGCAGAGUGGGGACGUUAUUAUGAUCGCAAGUUUAAAGCAAACUCUUCUAAUAUAAUUUUGGCGGCUAAUGCAUUAAGCUGUUAUUUACAAGCUGCUGGUCUCUAUAACAAUCAUAAAAGCCGAAAAUUGCUUGUACGCAUUUUAUGGCUUUUAUCUUUGGAUGAUACGCCAGAAGGGCAUAUUGCCUCAGUAUUUGAGAGUUAUAUGACUAAAGGUGAAGUUCCGACAUGGUAUUGGGUAACUUUCAUUCCACAGCUAAUAGUUGGAUUAGUGUAUAAAGAAGCAAGAUACGCACGAAAUAUAUUGACAAAGAUCGCAAAGCAGCAUCCUCAGGCAUUAUAUUUCCAACUUCGAACUGCCAGAGAAGAUUAUAUGUAUGCCAAAAAACAAGCAAUAGCUGCUGCACAAGCACGUGCAGCCCAACAAGCAUCAUUAUCCGUCCCAGGAACACCAGGAACUCCUUCGACUGCUACCCCAAGUACCCCAACAGCACCCAAUGAAGGAUAUUUGUUGUCACAAACUCCUCAAAUGGCCAAUGGCAUAAUCGCGAAUGGAGCUGCACAACGACUUGCAACUCCCAGUCAAGGGCAAGGCAGCCCUGCUCAACCUGCUCAAAAUCAAUUGAGUCCUGGCCAAAGACCAUCAUAUGUUGGUAUGAACCAACAAAGUCCUAUGACACCACAACAACCUCAAAGUCCCGCUAUUCAGCCUAGUAAUGGAAUAAACACGACACUUCUCAGUGGAUCACCCUCAAAUAGCCUUACUAUGCAAAACAUCCAAGCAUUGAAUGGAGUGCCUAAUACAAUGUCUCCAAACUUGCAAGGAACAUCUCCCAGCAAUAUAUCAAAUCAUAUGUCACCUUCAACUCCAAAUGGUGCCGAUACAAAUAGACCAAUGACACCUUUAGGGUUAAAUAACAGCAACAUGUCUAAUCAAAAUACUACACCUAUUGUUGCGCAGCAUCAGAAACAACCAUGGGAACAUGUCGAAGAUAUCAUGUCAAUUCUUAAAACAACCUUCCCUUUGCUAUCAUUAUCAAUAGAAACUAUGGUAGAUCAAAUUCAAACGCGUUUAAAACCAACAUCCGAUGAAGAUAUUUACAGAUUGAUUGUUGCUUUAUUGAAUGACGGGGUUCAGCAAAUAAACGCUCGUUUGAGUAAUUCGCAUGAUGACGGUCUAUUGAAUCGACCAACGGAGGCAAAUAUCCGACGAUUUGCUGAUAACCUUUAUCAGGGCCCAAUUAAAGUUGCUUUUGAGGAAGACUUUAUACAGUCGAAACCAAACUUAUAUCAAUAUGUGGAAAAACUAAGAAAAUGGAGGGAUCGUUUCGAGAUUUUACUGGACAGCAAACCACGCAAACAACAUUUGGAACAUUUUAGCACAUAUCUUGUUGAAUUUCAACAUCAAAAAUUCUGCGAAAUUGAAAUUCCUGGACAAUAUUUACUACAUAGAGAUUUUCAAACUACAGAAUUCAUUCGUAUAGACCGAUUCUUGCCUGAAAUUAAUAUUAUUCGAUCUCAUGGAUUCUGUUAUCGGCGGUUAACAAUUCGUGGACACGAUGGAAGUCUUCAUUCUUUCGCUGUUCAGCAACCAGCUGCGAGACUUAGUAGACGUGAGGAGCGUAUAAUGCAAUUCUUUAGAAUGCUAAACAGUGUGCUGGAACGUCGAAUAGAAACUCGAAAGCGCAAUUUAUACUUCCAUCUUCCAAUAAUUGUUCCACUUGCUCCUCAAAUAAGACUCGUGCAAGAUGAUCCUUCCUAUUCUUCACUGCAAGAUAUUUUCGAAGAUCACUGCGACACCACUGGUAUGAGUAAGGAUGAUCCUGUGAAAUAUUAUACAAGCAAGAUGCGAUCGAAUCUAGAUUCUAUAAGAGGGCGAAAUGAUAUCAUAGCGAAGCGAAAUAUUUUGACAAAUCUAAGAGUUGAGAUUGCAGAAGAGAUUGCAGCAAAAAUGAUACCAAAUGAUGUCAUAACGAAGUACAUGUCAAAAUCAAUGAAAUCUCACAUCGAUUUAUGGACAUUCAGAAAGCACUUUACCACCCAAAUGGCAGGAAUAGCAUUCAUGUCAUAUAUCUUAUGCAUUGGCCAACGACAUCCGUACAAGAUGAUAAUAUCGAAAAAUACAGGAAAUGUUUGGGCUACGGAACUUCUUCCAACAUUUUCGUCCAAUGCACCAUUCUUUUUGAAUGGCGAAUCGGUGCCAUUCAGAUUUACGCGUGGUAUACAACAUUUUAUGACGCCUAUUGGAAUCGAAGGUGUUUUUAUUGGGUCUCUCAUGUCCAUCGCGCAAUGUCUCACUGAACCAGAAUUUGAUUUAGAGCAGCAUUUGAGUGUAUUGGUAAGAGACGAACUUCUCACGUGGCAUUACGUAAGCAAGAAACCUGUAACUGAACCACAAUUAAGACAGAAAGUUGCACAAAAUGUUGAAAGUAUAGUAAAGAGAGCCGAAACUCUGGCGUGCAAAGAGGAGCGUGAUAAGCGAAUGCCAGUAUUUCAACCUUUACUUGAAAUAGUAGCAAGUGCAAGCAAUUUGCAAAAUUUGGCGUCUAUGGACGUUACUUGGAUGCAGUGGCU